AUGACGAUCUUUGCGGCUUUUGUCAUUGUCCCUCUUGGUUUGCUCUUCUUGGUGCCAGGGCUCAUCAUCAACCUCAUUCAGCUUAUGUUAUUCAUCUUUGUUCGUCCUGUCUCAAGAAGUUUGUAUAGAAGAAUCAACACAACUGUUGCAGAGUUACUUUGGUUGGAGCUCAUAUGGCUCGUUGAUUGGUGGGCUGGUAUCAAGAUCAAUUUUUAUGCUGAUGCAGAGACUCUUGAAUUACUUGGUAAAGAACAUGCACUUGUCUUAUGCAAUCAUCGAGGUGACAUUGACUGGCUUAUCGGAUGGGUCAUGGCUCAGCGCUCAGGUUGUCUUGGAAGCACUCUAACACUCAUGAGGAAUGAAGCUAAGUAUCUUCCAAUCAUAGGUUGGUGCAUGUGGUUUUCAGAAUACAUCUUCUUGGCAAAAAACUGGGCCAAAGAUGAAAAUAUCCUCAAGGCAGCUUUAUAUAACCUGAAAGACUUUCCUACAACGUUCUGGUUGUGUCUUUACGUGGAAGGAACUCGGUUCACUCAACAAAAUCUUGAUGCUGCUAAGGCUUAUGCAUCUCUAAAAGGCUUACCAUCUCCUCGCAAUGUUUUGAUCCCUCGUACAAAGGAUGCUCAACUUGAAAAUUACUUCACAAAUGAUGUGUUCAGCGACUUGGACGUUCACCAUGUUGGCCGGCCUAUCAAACCAUUGAUCCUUCAAGCUAUUUCAGUGGUUCUCAAUGGUGAAGAUCAUAUAUUUGUUUGUCUUUCUCCUGGUUGUUGCAACUUUAACAAUGCAACUUCUGAUCCAAUCCAUAUCAAAGGGCUCGUUAACUCCUACCAAAAAACCUCUACUAGGAUCUCCUCCAGACAGGGACUUCAGGUCGCCUUUCAUUUCUAA